AUGGCACUUGUUUAUAGGAGAAAAUCUUCAAAAGUCAGCGACAAAAGUAAAUCUCAUGAUAUGGUCUCCAUAUGGAAUUUUGAUGGGAAGAUUGCAUUCCAAGACAUACUCAAUGCAACAGAAUGUUUUGAUGACAAAUACCGCAUCGGUACUGGAGGAUACAGGGACAUGUGGCUAUAUAGAACCAGGUAUGCUUUGGUCCUUUAUUAUCAUAUAAAUCCAUUUGAUUUUGCAGAACUGUCAUCCACAAUGGUGUUUACAGAUAAGUGCGAUGUCUAUAGCUUUGGUGUGCUCACCAUGGAAGUAGUCAUGGAGCAGCAUACUAAGCUCAAGGAUAUAUUGGACCAUCGCAUCGUAGUACCAACGAGCGACGAGGAGAAAGACAUCAUCCUGCUUAUGCUGGUGGCGUUUGCUUGUUUGCAAAUCUGCCCAAAAGCCAGGCGAACAAUGCAACAGGCAUAUCAAGCACUCACAAACAGAAGCUGCCCAACAGUCAUCCUGAGGCUAAUUCACGAAGUCAAAUUACAAGAUUUGCAUGAUUUUGAAGCACCAUACAAGCUAUAUGAUGGUUUGUAG